GGGGGGUUUAGCGCCGGGUCAUGUUUGUGUUGGAGGUUGUCAAGUAGAGGAGGAUCCCAGACGCCGACGCCGCGCAGGGGUCGCCGUGUUUCCCGGCUGCUGUUGCCGCGACUGCUGCUGCUCCUUCACGCCAGCACCGCCGCCAUCAGCAAGAGCAGCAGCUCCGGCUGUCUACUGAGCAGAAUAUGUGGAUUAACUGACCCCACUGGCAUGUUUAUGGAGCUGCUUUUGGUCUGUUCUCCAUUUCUGGAAAGUUGCUCAUGACUGGAUGAGAAUGCCUCGAACAAAACAGAUAAAUCCGAGAAAUCUGAGAGAUAAAAUUGAAGAAGCACAAAAAGAACUUAAUGAAACUGAGGACCCACAGAAAGAAGUCUCCGAGGCUGUUACCAGAGGAAGCACAGACACUGUUAAAGGCGUGAAGCGUAAAAAGAUUGUAACUGAGAAUCAUCUGACAAAAAUACCAAAAUCGCCUUUGAGAACUCCAGUACGGGCAAAACCUAAAGAAAAAGCUGAAGCCCCUUCAUCUUCUAAUGUUCUUCCCGAUACUUCAGAGCUCAUAAAAGAAGAGCAGACUUUGGCUGCAGAAAAUGGGAAACAAAGCAAACAAAAUGAGAGGACACUUAGCAGUGAGGUAGCAAUUAAAGCAUCCCAGUCUGAGACUUCAGUGCACCCUAGGUUGUCUCCAUUACCUCAACCCUCGAACUUGAAUAAAUGGACAGUAAAAGCCCAACUAAAUGUACCAGUGAAGAAGGGUCUCCCUAGCUCUUCGUCAAGUACAGCCAAGGUUGACAAUAAUGAAUGUAUUAAUUUUGGUGAUUGUAGUAAAUCCUCCUCAUGUACAAAUACUGCAUUCGAUGUCUUACUGAAAGCGAUGGAGCCUGAGCUGAACACCUUAGCACAAGAGUGCCCUUCUAGUGGGAUGCAAAUAGAAAAACCAAGACCAAAUAAAACUGCAAGCGCCUCUUCUUGUCUGACAUCCAAUACACGGAGUGUCCAAAGUCAUACUGCUUUGCUGCAGCAAGAAUUUGUAGCUGGAUCUCAAUUUUAUCCUUGCACUUCACAGACUCUGCAUGUAGCAACAUCAGGGAAGAGUGAACAAGCACAGAUGCACUCAGUUGCUCACUCACAAGAACAGGUUCUUGCUAAAGCUGGGCAACAAAACCAACAGAUGACUGUUUGCCCCAGCUUCACUAGUUCACUCGUACAUCAACAGAGUCCGGAAAAUCUCAAGCGCCAGCAUAUAUACAGCAUAGCAGUAACCUCUUCUAUAAUCAACCCUCCAUCUUCUUCUAUUGUUACUCAGGUUUUUUCUCAAAACCAGCUAGUAGCAAAAUCUCCUUCUCCCUUGUCGAUUCAUUCAUCUAGCUCCACUACACAAUUACCUGUAGCACCUUUGUACAAUUCGACCCAUAUAGCUUCAGUUGUCAGCCAUGAACAAAUAUGUAAUCUUCUGAAAGACCAGAAGCCUAAAAAACAGGGGAAAUAUGUCUGUGAAUAUUGCAACAGGGCUUGUGCCAAGCCUAGUGUUCUCCUAAAGCACAUUCGCUCUCACACUGGAGAACGACCAUAUCCCUGUGAGACUUGUGGGUUUUCAUUUAAGACCAAAAGCAAUCUGUACAAGCACAAAAAGUCCCAUGCCCAUGCUAUCAAACUUGGACUUGUCCUCCAGCCAGAUUCAAGUGGUUUGUGUUCCUCUCAUAAUUCGGACAAAGCACUUAGCAUCCAUUCUGAUGUAGAAGAAAGUGGUGACAGCGAUGAUGAAGGCACAGCUGAUGAAACACAAGAUGACCAAGGAUCAUUGGAGCUGGACCAUGCACAUAUAGUGAACUCUGACUCUAAUUCUGAAUCAUUGCACAAAGGUAGCCCCAUCUCACUAAGCAAUCCAGAAUAUAUGUUGGGUGACUCCUCAUUGCAGGACACCACACAAACAAGGACAGCUUUGCCUAAAGUUAUCAUUCACUCUGUCAAUGUUUCUCCUCAAAGGUCCGAUAGCCCCAAAGUAGCAGACCCCACCUCUAUACUUUCUAAAACACAACAAGGGGACUUGAAAGUCAUAAAUGUGAAACCAAAUUUAACACACACUGACUUGGUAAAGGAGCCUGAUACCAAACAACAGCAGAAAAUAGAAAUGAGCAUUUCUGAGGAACAGCUUGGGGCCCCUGUAGGGACAGUAGUACAUGCACAGCUACAAAGACAGCAGGCAACGGAUGGAUCACAGGAUCAACAAGGAAAGUGUCUCUUGAGUCCUAGAAGUUUGGGUAGCACUGAUUCGGGAUACUUUUCACGUUCAGAAAGUGCAGAUCAGACAAUGAGUCCUCCAACUCCAUUUAUGAAGGGAUUGCCUUCUUCUGAAAAAGAGAUAAGUAAAAGUUAUAUGCCACGAAUGAGCACCACUGUGGCAUCUGCUGUGCAAACUGUUUGUGCUGACAAAAAUUUGCUUUCAUCUGGCCAAAUGAGACCACCUUUGGCCACCAAAACACUUGAGGAACACAUUUCAAAGUUAAUAUCUGAUAAUGAAGCUGUAGUGGAUGACAAACAGUUGGAUAGUGUGAAGCCACGGAGAACAUCCCUUUCAAGAAGAGGCAGUAUUGACUCGCCAAAAUCCUACAUUUUUAAAGACUCAUUCCAGUUUGACUUAAAACCAAUGGGUAGAAGAACUAGCUCAAGCUCCGAUAUACCAAAGUCUCCUUUUACACCAACUGAAAAGUCAAAGCCAGUUUUUCUUCUCUCCGUACCUACCCUGGACUGCUUACCUAUAACCAGAAGUAAUUCUAUGCCUACUACCAGUUACUCUGCUGUACCUACAAAUGUAAUACCUCCCCCUCACCCCCUACGUGGAAGUCAGUCUUUUGAUGAUAAAAUCGGUUCCUUGAAUGAUGAUGUCUUUGUGCCAGGACCUGCCACUCCACAACUCCAAGGUGGACAUACUCGCACUCUUGUUAGACAAACAGCAAUAGAAGAUUCUUCAGCCAGUGAAGGGCACAGUUUUGGACCAGCACGAUCUGUUGAUGAAAGCUAUGGGUGCAGUACAUCUAAUGAAUUUUCAAUGGCAAGGAGCAAGUCAUUUGUACAAGGAUCAAAUUCAGAUAAAAUUAAAAAGUCACAUCAAGGCCGAGGGACAAUGUUUGAGUGUGAGACGUGCAGAAACAGAUAUAGAAAACUGGAAAACUUUGAAAAUCAUAAAAAGUUUUAUUGUUCAGAAUUGCAUGGACCAAAAACCAAGGCAGCUAUAAGAGACUCUGAACAUAAGACAAUCUCUAACAGUGCACAACCCCAAAUCCUUCACUAUCGAGUUGCCACUUCAACUGGUGUCUGGGAGCAGACAUCUCAGAUACGAAAGAGGAGGAAGAUGAAAAGUGUCGGUGACGAUGAUGACGAACCACAGACAAAUGACACUAGUAGUUUUUCAAAGAGCAUAGCAGGUCCAGAGUGUCAGAGUAAGUCAGGAAAUACAGUCAGCGUCUCUAAGCAUACUGCCACUAUAGUCGGUCCACGUAGCAUUUCACUUCCGAAAUUGGCACAAAAUGAGCUGGAGAUUCGUGGCACAGAACAGACCAUGGAGCCAAAGGUCUUGCUGCAUGGGGAGAAGCAGACUGUUCUAGCUGUGCAAGAAAAACCUGAACCAAAAAGACAAGGGGCUGGGAUUUCAGUAAUACAGCAUACUAACUCCUUGAGCAGACCUAGUUCAUUUGAAAAAUCAGACUCUUUUGAAAGAGUGUCUCCAGUUUCUUUUCAGGAUACCAAUAAGACUAUAAAGCUCCAUUCCUUGAAUACUAUUAUAGUUCAAGAGAAGAGUUCUGUCCCAUGUUCCUCCCACAGACCUCAAGUAGGAGAAGCAUCAAGAGUUCAACUUCAUGAACAUCAGGUUACCUUUAACGAAAAGAAUGUGCCAGUACAACCACUAAGACUUGUUCGCCAACAUAACAUUCAGGUUCCUGAAAUACUGGUCACUGAAGAACCGGAUAGAGACCAGGAAAGCCAAUACAGUGAUCAAGAGAAGACAGAAAAAUUUAAUUGGCCCCAGCGCAGUGAAACCCUAUCAAAACUACCCACAGAAAAACUUCCUCCCAAGAAGAAAAGAAUCCGUUUAGCUGAAAUGGAGCACUCAUCUGCAGAGUCGAGCUUUGACUCCACACUUUCUAGAAGUCUGAGUCGGGAGAGUAGCUUGUCACGUGCAUCUAGUUUCUCAGCUUCUUUUGAUAAAGAUGAUGUCUCUAAGAAUGAAAGUACUUCAAAGAUGGAAUCAGUUAAACCACUGGAAUUCCUUAAAAUUCCUGCUAAUUCAAAUACACUCAGUGUGCCUGGCCCUCAUUACAAAGAAAUGCGGCGUGCUGCUUCUGAACAAAUUAACUGCACCCAGCCAUCCAUGGAAAUUGUAGAUUACAGAAGCAAAUCAUUUGACUGUGGAAGUAUGAAUCAAUCCAAACCUGCCUCACUUGUAGAAAUAUCUACUUCUAAAGUAUCCUCUAGUAGCAGUGUUAUUGGACAUAUACCACUAUUAGAGAGGAGGAGGGGACCCCUUGUAAGACAAAUAUCUUUAAAUAUUGCUCCUCCAGAAAAGAAUCCGCCCGAAAUCUUGUCAAGUACUUCCUUCCAAACAGCUCUUGCAACUGAUAUUUCAACAGCAUCCUUUCAGAGAUUACAGAGCCCUGGGAAACCACCUGAAGAAUUUCCCUCAAGUUCUCAGAACGCCCAGACUUAUGCCAAACCUUUGCAGGAGUCUCAGUCAAUUAAAAGCAACAACUCUUUUUACCUGCCUUCUUCCAGUGACCAGUCUUUAGGCCCUAGUUUGCAUCAUCAUGGCCAACAACCUUCACUUAAUCAGUAUUCUCAAGCACCCCUUAAAGGACCAGCACUUGGAACUCAGAAAACUAUGAGCAUGGUUGCUGGUCACCAUAGUAUGCAAGAGGACUGUUUUGCUCCCAAAUAUCAACUUCAGGUUAAAGCAUUACACAUAGGUCAGCAAUACCCUGUAGGUCUUCCAGGCACAACUGGCAUGGAGCAAAUUGCGACUUCACUAAAUGGCAAAAUACCCAAUCCAUAUGUGGCACCUCCCUUGCAACAGACUUUUUCUGAUAAUUGCAGUGGUCAAAUGCAUCGGGCUGUACCCUUUGUUGUCCCUGUUCGCAUUCAUAGUAAUAUUCCAUCAUAUGGCUUGGCUACUGUUGCACCCCUUCCUCAAAUUUUAGUGACCCGAGAUCAGGUAAACCAGUCUCUUUGUAAAACCAAUACUGCAUCAGUGCCAAGAGUCAGAGAUCAUAUUCAGCUGCCAAACUCCCACAAAGAUAAUCUGAAGUGUUUGCCUAGUUCACAGCCAGCACCUAUGUUUGAAAACUUAAUUUAUGAGACGGGAAGCAAAAAUUCAGCUUCACUGGGGUCCUUGAAUAAGAUUCAGAAAGUGCCAGUUGGUGGACUUUUCCCUCAACAGGAAGCCACAGCCUCAAGUAAACGCAUGCUCUCCCCAGCCAAUAGUUUAGACAUUGCCAUGGAAAAACAUCAGAAGCGUGUUAAAGAUGAAAGUGGAGCUGCUUGCACAACAGGUGCUAUUUCACUGCAUCCAUUGAACAUAAAAGCUAGUGAACCUAAUAAGCAAAAGAAACCACUCUUAGUGCGACAGAUUUGUGCUGUUGAGACCCUUGACAGUUCCUCAUCUAAUCAAGAUGUGUUACCUCAUGGCAAAAGUAGUGGAGUCAGCAAUUCAUCAGAUGUGCUGCUGCCCGGUUCAUCUGAAUGUGCUCAACCUGGGGCUUCUUCAUUUGUUAAGGAAUCUUUAGAAAGCCCACCCACCUCUGAAACUGUACAGUUUGCAGUUAGAGAGCCACUUGAACUUGUUCCACUGAGCACUCAGACUUCACUCCUAAAGAUUCUCGAUAACAGUCAAGAAAGGAAGUCUCCAGGAGUUAAUGAGAGUAGGCAACCGAGUAUUCAGAGCCAAGCAACCUCUGGAACCACAUCUGUUGUAAAUGUAGGUGACAUACAGCGACUAUCUUUUCCAAGCCUAAAGACAAUGACAAACUUUACAUGGUGUUACCUGCUAAAAAGAAAGCCUGUACAUCUAUUACAAAAUGACCAAAAGACAUCAGCUUAUUCUUCUUGGUCUGUCAGUCCCAACAAUCCCAAUCCACUUGGUUUGCCAACAAAGAUUGCUCUUUCUCUUCUGAAUUCAAAACUCAAAGCUGGAAAAUCAUCUUAUACUCAAGCAAUAAGUACUAGCUUUAGAUCUGAUAUACUGGUCUACUCAAGCAAGUGGAAGAACAACCUACUUAAGAGGGCAUUAGUUAAGCAAAAGGCAGCAAGGGAAUUCAGCAAUAAAGAAAACUCUGAAAUAAGCACUGAUCAAGAUGAGAACUCCUUAUCCAAAAGUGAGCCAAGAAGAAUUAAAAUAUUUGAUGGAGGGUACAAGUCAAAUGAAGAAUAUGUCUAUGUUCGUGGGAGAGGAAGGGGAAAAUAUAUAUGUGAAGAGUGCGGAAUACGCUGUAAAAAGCCCAGUAUGUUAAAAAAACACAUUCGCACGCAUACAGAUGUCCGUCCUUAUCAUUGCAACUAUUGCAAUUUUUCCUUCAAGACUAAAGGAAACUUAACAAAACAUAUGAAGUCCAAAGCGCAUAGCAAGAAGUGUAUGGAUCUGGGAGUCUCAGUGGGACUAAUAGAUGACCAGGAUAUAGAAGAAUAUGGUGAAAAGCAGCGGCUGGGUUAUGAUCGGUCUGGAUUUGAUGCAGAAGAUUCAGAUGGGCAAGAUGAAGAUGAUAAUGACAAUGAAGAUGAUGAUGAAGACAGCCAAGCUGAAUCGGUUUUAUCUGCCACUCCCUCCGUGUCAGCCAGCCCACAGCAUCAUCCAUCGAGAAACAUUUAUCAGGAGGUCUCAAGUGCUGAUGAAGAAACGAGAAUUGUGGACUGUUUCACUGGGGUUCAUACAGACUCUAUGGAUGGCCUACCAAAAGCACUUCUCACAAAGAUGACAGUACUUAGUACAUUGCAGUCAGACUGCAGGAGCUCCACUUCACCAGUAGCAGCUGUACCCAGAGAAACAAAUGAAGGAAACGUGAAAGACAGAGCAACAAGCACAGAGCCUAGCAUCUCUUCUGAGACUGUUCCCAGGUCUCCAUGCUAUCAGAUGUAUGUGGACUACCCAGAUACAGAAGAAACGUUAGGAAGUUCUGCUGCUGCUAUUACUACAGCAGCUUCCAAGUAUAUGACUUCUACAAGACCUCCCUCUCCACCCAUGGACCGGAGUACACAAACGAUGGUUGCUCCUUCAGUGGCCUCCUCUUACCCAGAGAUCCAAGAGCAGAAGCAUCAAGAACAUCAGCAACAAACUAUGAAACUGGCACCUCCCCAGACCCACCUGUUUAGCCACCUCCCUUUGCACUCGCAAAAACAAGCCAAGACCCCUUAUGGGAUGAUUCCAGUGGGGGGAAUCCAUGUGGUUCCUGCUGGCUUGGCCACAUACUCAACCUUUGUACCCAUUCAGGCUGGACCGGUACAACUCACAAUUCCCACUGUUAGUGUGAUUCACAGAACUACAAGUGCUCUUGGUGAUCCAGCUUGUGCAGUCUCUGGUACUGUAAACCAUCUCGGUGUUGCUGAAGUGAACAGUGUUGUGCCCUGUAUCCCAAUAGGCCAGAUUAAUGUGCCAGGCAUCCAGAGCUUGAGUGGACAAACCCUGCAGCCUCUUCCAUCCCUCAGCAUGGAGACGGUGAACAUCUUAGGCCUGACAAACACCAACAUAGCUCCGCAAAUACACCCUUCGGGAUUAACUCUGAAUACCGUAGGACUACAAGUUUUGACUGCAAACCCUUCUCCUCAGACCAACACCAGCCCUCAGACACACAUUCCAGGUCUGCAAAUCUUGAACAUAGCAUUGCCGACGUUAAUUCCUUCAGUCAGCCCUGUGACUGCAGAUGGGCAGGGCCAUCCAGAAGCACCAGCUUCCAGCAACAAAGCCUGCAAAACUCACCAGGAACAGGGUUCUGUGAGUUUUGCUGACGAUGAUCCUGGUCAGAUCACCAGUGCUGUAUCUCCUCAGGUGGCAUCUGCCGACCAGCGGUACAAUGUUGAACAUCUGUCGGACCCUGCUCCUUCAAGUGAGUACCAACAGUGUAGUAGCCCAGAUCAACUGGACACUGAAAAGCCUGACUCAGAGAGUCAUAUGAAACCAAAGUGCAAUAUCCAUUUUGUUCAGGUUGAACAGGCUUCUGCAUCAGAGCCUCCCAUGAAGGUGAAUUCUGACUUUUUAUCCAGUUCCCCCAGCCAUCGAACUGUCUCUCCAGAUAGACAGGUACCUAGGCGAAAAGGCUUGCCUGAGAGGCAAAAUACUGUGGAGUUCAGUGAUGGCAGCAGUGAUGAUGAGGACAGACUUGUAAUAGCCACCUAGCGUUUGGGGUUUUUUAUGUUGGGGUGGGGGUGUGCGUGUGCGCGCGUGUGUGUGUGGUUUUGUUUUGUUUUUUAAGUAACACUUACCAGGUUUCUUUGCAAACCUCUCUCUUACUUAAAGCACAUUUUUCUGACACAAAACUCAUUACUAAUCUUCGUGCAAUCAUGAACUCUUGACCAAUAAUUGUUGUUCCUUGUCAGCUCCGGCCAUUUUUUGUACAUGUUGUAUAGACAAUUGUGCCUUUUUUGGAGUUUUAUGUUUAGAAAACUGUACAGAUUGUCAAAAUUAUAUAUAUAUAUUAUAUGUAUAUUAAAACCAAGUAGUUGUGUUUCGUAAGUAAAAAAAAUCUUAUGUCAGAUUAAAUAAAUGAUUAAAUUAUAUGUUGCACUGUUAAAUGUAAAUUUUUAUGGCUGUGAGGCAGAGUUUGUGUGUACAGACUGAGUAUGUAAACUUCAUAUUUAUUGUAUCCAUAUUAGUCUUGGGAGGUGGGAGGGAGGGUCUGUCCAUCUUUCUUGUGUAUGACAUUAGCUUUACACUUAACAGAAUCCCAUAUCUGUGUGUUUGAAUUAUUUCAGUAAAACUUUUGUUUACUGACUUUACCAUUGCUCAGGUUGUGCCUUCUUGAUGUAACGUGAGCCAACAAGAGAAAGCAAUUUUGUUUUAGUAAAAUUUCCCCUCAACCCUCUCUCUCUCCCCACUCCAUCCCCAUCAGCUUCUUAGGAAACUUCAGAAGGAUGAAUUAUCGACUGUUGUGGUUUUGAAAAAGCUUCAGUAAUUGGAUCUUUUUUUCCUUCCCUCCACAAGGAACAAGCUAUCCCUUUCUUGUAAGGGACAUUAAUCUCUUAAUUUUCUUAUAAGAGGUAUCUGUUGAUCUUUUUAUUUUAAAUAAAAUUAACACUCUUUAUUUAUCAGUG